UAUGGUAACACCAAGAAGUGCUCUUGUCGUCUUCAACAAUCAUUUUUAGGUGCCGUUAUAUAAGCAAUUAUGAAAUACUCAUUUUUCCAUCUUUCGUUCCUGCUCUUCGUCAAUUUGAUGGUUGGACACUCAACCGAUAAAUACCAAUUUGAUAGCCGCGAAGCAACUAUCGAAAGUGUUCACCAUGCCAUAUUCUCUGGGAAAGCUUCAUGUCGAGAAGUAGUUUCUUCCUUCCUCACACGAAUCGAAGCGUUCAAUCCAACCAUCAACGCUAUUAUCUCGCUCAACCCCAACGCACUUAAGUCAGCCGAUGAUUUCGAUAGCCGGAUUGCUUCUCAAAACACCACAGGAGCUCUCUUCUGUAUUCCAGUCUUAUUGAAAGAUAAUUAUGAUGCCGUGGGCAUGAAUACCACGGGAGGGUGUCUGGAUUUGGCAGAUAACUUUCCUAGUAAAGAUGCAGCUGCCGUUGCUGCGUUGAAGAAGGCUGGUGCGAUUGUUUUGGGAAAGACGAAUUUGCAUGAGUUGGCUCUGGAGGGACUUUCGGUCUCUUCGUUGGGUGGACAGACUGUUAAUCCGUAUGAUCAUACUAGGACGGCGGGAGGGUCUUCUGGGGGAACUGGUGCUUCGAUUGCCACGAGUUUUGCUGUUUUUGGAACAGGUAAGUUGUUUUGCCGCCCUUCUCUUCAUCAAACUCGAAUUUGCGGAAAAUAUGAGCAAAGUAAAAAGGAUUUCACUUAUUCUCGUGACCUAAUUCAAAGUUGUAAAUGAUUCCAAGUCUUUGGAACAAUUACUUUUUUGGACUAAGCCAUGCUAAUACAGAAAAUUUCUCUGGCACCUUUGUCUACUACAAGUCCAUGUAUCCUAGGAGAAUCGGCCUUAUUUUUUUGAUACCGAAUUCAUACCGGAUUGCAACUGAUGACUGCUAGGAACCGAUGCUGUGAACUCCCUGCGUAGUCCAGCUUCAGCGAACUCUCUCUUUAGCGUACGACCAACAAGAGGCUUGAUCUCACGAGGUGGGAUUUUACCGAUUUCUUUCACUCAAGAUACAAUCGGUCCAUUCGCGAGGAAUUUGAAAGAUCUUGCUGUGGCGUUAACGGUUAUGGCCAGCGUCGGGACUGAUCUGAACGACAACGCGACCUUACUGAUCCCACCGAGCUCCAAAGACCUUGAUUAUUCUAAGGCAAUCGUUGGUGGAACUCUCGAGGGAGUUCGAAUUGGCGCGCUUCAAGGAUUUUUCAAUCGUACUUCUAGCAACGAAACUACACCCGUCAAUCAAGCCAUGGAUCGAGAAAUCUCAGCUCUUGAGGCUGCUGGAGUCAUCAUCGUCCCUAUCAAUGAGACAGUAUAUAACGCAGCUACUCUCGCGAAUUUGGAUGUUCAGCGGGCAGAAAUGCGGCAAGGUAAUACCCUAUAAAUUCCGUUUAGCCAGUUCGGUAUCUAACACUAGUCCAGUCAUAAAUUCUUACCUAGCCUCUUCGUCUGGACCACGACCAGCAACGCUAAACGAGCUCUACGCAAGUGGCAAAUUCCUGGUCAUUCCCAAUCAAUAUAGUUUUGUAAACAUCGCCCUCGUUUCCUCCACCAAUAACGCAAGCUACCAACCAAACCAACAAGGAAUUUCAGAUCUGAAAAUGACAUUGCAAGCAACAUUCGCAAACAACAAUCUCACCGCCGUCAUCUACCCCGAGCAAAAGAAUCUGGUAGUACCCAUCGGUUCGCCAUCUCAAGUCGGGAGAAAUGGUAUUUUGGCAGCUUUGACAGGUACUCCCGUGGUCACAAUCCCGAUUGGAUUCUCAGAACCAAACGACAAUUCUCCUACCGGAAUCCCCAUUGGGAUGGAGAUUUUGGGACUUCCCUUCACUGAAAGCAAACUUCUCAGUAUAGCGGCGAAUAUUGAUAGGUUAGGAGGUAUGAGAAAACCGCCUGGUUUUGCAGAUGCGUUCCUGAAGGCGAAGAAUUUUAGCGUUGUACCGACGAUCACGCCCUUGCACAAUAUCCCUAGCGCGUAUCCGGUUGGUGUUCUUGCAUGAAGCAUAUUGUGGAUGAUGAUGUAUUCAGUUGUAUCCAGAUCUUAGUUGACCCGAUAAGUAGUGGGCUGUAGGUGUUUGUCAGUGCGUAUCUAAUAGUCAGCGCAGUAGAAAGACGCACUGACUAUUAGAACGGGUUCCCCACGAAUGUUUAACUACCCUGGUCCUUGUUGUUCUAUCCAUCUAGAUAACUUUAAAGUGGAUAAACUAUACCGGUAUCAUUUACCAGUACUGUGGA